AUGGAAAACAGGGAGUGCGAAAUACGAAUUUUGAACGGCACGAGCUGCACAUUUUACAGGUACAUGCACUCAGUGAAGCAUGGCGUGUGGUUGGUGAACCCCCCGGAGUGUUUAAAGAUCAAGGGAGAAGAAAAAUGUGUCGCAAAGUUCACCAAAACGAUGGGCAACUUUUACGGCAUUCUACAAUACUGCGUAGUGAUAAAUAACGAAGAGUACAUUUUGAACGCCCGUUUUGACAUCCCCCUUUUGGGAGAUAAUACAGCCUCAGCCGUCUUAGGAAUGAACAUAAAAAAUGACAAGGCACAAAUGCUAUCCCAACAAAAUUACUUCAUAGUUAAACACAGCUUUGACAAUACGUAUAAUAGCAAAUUUUACAUAAGCAUUUUGGAGACAGAAGAAGGGAAGAGAUUUAUCGAAUAUCACAAGAAGAAAUUAAAAAAAGGCUUGUUGAGAAUUCUAAACAUAAGAAUGAUAGAAGAAAAGGAAAAGUUAAAGUAUGAAAAGAGUGUGAAUAAUUUGGCAAGAAAAAAUGAAGGAGGCCAGAAUUAUAAUUACACUAAUGAGGAGGAUAGUGUAAUGAGGGAUAGACUGAUAUAUAGUUCCUAUCGAGAUGAAGACAUAAUGGAAAAUUUGCCUUUAAGUUUUAUAGUGAACAUUAAAAAUUACGAAUGGAAAAAGCGGUUAAGAAAGGCACACAAAUCGCUGUACAUUUUGAUUAUCAAUUUUACCAGGCAAACAUUAACCCUAUCAGAUAGUAAAGGAUCCAGAUCAUCCAUCCUGACGGAAGGAAAUUGGGUCGAGUUACCUAGUGAGAAAAUUUCCCCCAUGCGAUGUACUGAAUUUGGCUGUAAUAGUGAUGGGAUGUUUUCUAGCAUUAAUGGAUUUUGUAAAUACAACUUUAUGAAUGAAUCCUGUUAUUUGAAUAUCUUUUGGGACAUCAACAGUGUGAAUUCGAAAAUAAAAUGCAGCAUUAAGAACACUACCAAAUAUACUAUAAUUAAAAAUGUAGAAAUAUUUAACGAAUGCACUGCUGUGUUUCACAUUUUGGAAUACUACUAUUAUCCGCCGAUAAAAAUUUUGGAGUGUAAAGCCUUGACAAAUAAUAUUAUCAACAAGUAUGGCAUUACGAAGGAGAACGUAGAUGCCAAUUUGAGUGUCAUUUACCAGUGUAGUAUAAAUGUGAUUCGCCAAUUUUGUCAGUAUCUGCAAAAUAAUUCAUCUUACGAGAAUAAAUCAAAUGAGGAUUUUAUCAACCCGGAGGACUUCAGAAUGGGGAUAUCCGACGACGUAUACGGGUGGGAUGAUGACGAUUUGAGAAGUCACGGAGGGGGUGGGGGUUCCAAUUUUACCAAUUUGGCAAGUAUAACAAGCUUUACUAAUUUUGGUAACCUUGGAAGUUUUGGACUCCUGUCCCCCUCCCCAUUGUCCAACUUCUCCAAAAUGCGGAGCUCCCUGUCGCUUUACUCCAACGCUGUCGAGGAGAUGAUGCACAAGUCACAGCAUUUGGACAAGGCCCAAAUUACAGAUGAUAUUAUAAGCCUCAAAAAUAACAAAAGGAUUUACAUUCUGGACAAGACUGGAAACAAUGUCAGCGGCCAUGUUAGCAGCAAGGAUAGCACCACGAUUAACAGCGCAAUUAAUGGUAGAGCUAACUAUUUAAGACAUGCAGAUUUGCGGGAGAGCGUAAUGCAAGAGAGAGGUUUCAAUUUGUUAAAAAAGAGAAACGCCACCUCGAAUAACUUAUACAUAAAUAGGAGACAUACAUUCACAAAUAUAAACAUCACCGCGGCGAGAGAUUUCUUCUGCUACAUGCAUGGAAACAAUUAUUCCAACAAUAUCCCUAUCAAUUCCUAUUUGUAUAUCUCCUGGAACAUAGGAAAUAUUAUUUAUAGAAAUUUAUACAACUCUAGUGAAAAUAUAAUUAUCAAUGCCCAUAGUAUGUUAAGCAGCCACAAUAUAAAUGAUGAUGUAAUUCUCAAACUGAGAAUUGAUGAUAAUAACAGAAGGAUCUAUCCGUCGAGUUUAAUUCACUCUCUCCUCAUGAAUACACAAAGUAGUAUAUACAUUAAUAAUGAGUAUGUCCUAUUAGAUAUAAUUCUAAAUAUCUUCCACCUUCUGUCAACCCAUUUGUCCCCCAUCAUAGAAAGAAUUUUAGAAGCAGAAUAUGGAAACAAAUGGCUAGUUGAUAGUAAAAUCCCCAAAAGUAAUAUUUGGGAAAAGUCUAAAGGGAAUAACGAAUUAGACAUCGAAGGAAUUAUUCAUAUUAUUACUACCUACUGGAUUGAAGUGUUUGAGAAGCAAAUUAAGAAUAUGGAAAUUCUUGAUAACUUACAGAAGGCGUCUAUUUUUUGGGCGAAUCAAGAGAUUGAUCAGUUUGACCAAGGAUUUGUGAAGAAGUUGAUUGAGAGCUCUUCUCUCCUGCUGAAGGUUUUUGGCGAUUACAACACGGCCAAGAGUAUUGAGAAACUGUACUACAACAAGUACUCCAUUUUUAAUGACAUCUGCGUGGAGUGA